AUGGGGUCUCUGCCGAUCUGUGCCGCUGAGGCGAGCGAUGAGGCAUUGCACGCGGACUCGGCCGAGGUCUCAUUGCUGCGCGAGGAGGUGGGAAGGCUGACGCAGGAGUUGCUGAUGCACCGCAAGGUGCUCGAGCAAUGCUUGGAGGUGCGCGAGAGCGUGCUGGAGCUCUUGGAGCACCGGGAGGCCUUGCUCCAGUGCUUGGAGCUCCGGGAGGGCGUGCAGGCGGCGCUCAGCAGCACGCAAGUCAUCGGAGAGGUGGUGGACCGUACCUCCGAGUUGGACUUGUCCCUUGCAGGCGUAUCCGACAACACCGCGAGGCACGGCCGUGCCAUCGCCAGCCUCUCGGAGCAGCAGCGGCGCACGACUGAGACCUUGGACGCGGUAGUGCGCGCGGUGAAGCGCUUGGAUCGCAGUCGCUCCCGACAGGCGCCGCCUCGGCCAAUCUCGGCGGCCGAAUCACAAGCCUCGACAGCACGCUCUGGACAGUCACAAGGUGCUUGGGGGUGCUCUGGACGGCAAUGUGAACGGGCGGCUGGGGCGGACCGGGCGCGACGAGUCGGUCUCGCCCCAGAACUCCGGGCAGGCGCACCGGCUCCAGCGGCUCGACUGGAGGUGCACAGGAGCCUCCCCCCCCGCCGGGCCAGCCGCCAGAGCUGGCGCUCAACGGCAGGCCCUCGCAGAUGGCGGACUGCGUGA